AGUUCCCUGCAUAGAGGAAGAGACAUUUAGGGUGCGUGUGAGAUACUUGAAUUUUGCCACCAGGAGGGGGAAAGAGGCUGGGGUACUAGAGGUAAUAGAUUUAGUACUACUUGGGAGAUUUGGAACAUGCUGUGGACCCAGGGUUGUUGGUCAUCUCUGCAACAGGAUGGGGAUGGCAGAUGUUUGAGCAAAAUCUAUAUUAACAUGCUAGCAAGGACUAGUUCUAGUUUAGCUGUGUUUCACUCAUUUUACACAGAAUUAGAAUCGGCUGGGUGUGGUGACUCACGCUGUAAUCCUAGCACUUUGGGAGGCUGAGGUGGGUGGAUUGUCUGAGCUCAGGAGUUUGAGACCAGCCUGGGGAGCAGGGUGAAACCCCAUCUCUACUAAAAUACAAAAAAAUUAGCUGGGCAUUGUGGUACACGGAGUAGCUCCCAGCUACUCUGGAGGCUGAGGCGGGAGAAUUGCUUGAACUAGGAGGUGGAGGUUGAAGUGAGCCAAGAUCAUGCCACUGUACUCCUGCCUGGGUGACAGAGCAAGACUCUCUCUCUCAAAAAAAAAAAAAAAAAAAAAAAAAAAAUUAAUUAAAUGCUACAUUUGGCAAAAUGGGAAGGAAAGAAUUUCCUUUACUAGGCUUGUAGGAAGCCUUGCUUUUAGAAAAACCCAAAUGAGAUCAUAAAACUAAAGUACUGGGACAAACAGUGGGAAACAGUGCAAUGAGUUCUUUUCAACCAAGUAUUAAAGUAUUGGAGAUGUUGCCGGGCGCGGUGGCUCACGUCUGUAAUCCUAGUGCUUUGGGAGGCCAAGGCGGGCGGAUCAUGAGGUCAGGAGUUCAAGGCCAGCCUGACCAACAUGGCAAAGCUCCAUCUCUACUAAAAAUACAAAAUUUAGCCAGGCCUGGUGGGACGCACCUUUAAUCCCAGCUACUCGGGAGGCUGAGGCAGGAGAAUUGCUUGAACCGGGGAAGCGGAGGUUGCAGUGAGCCGAGAUCCCACCACUGCACUCCAGCCUGGAUGACAAAGUGAGACUCCGUCUCAAAAAAAAAAAAGUACUGGAGGUGUCCUGUUGUCCUUGUUACUGUGAAAGGAUGCCAUGGGUUGUAUGGGCAAAUGAGUUGGUUUUGUUUGAGGCAGAGUAGAAAAUAAGAUUAGGCUCAGUCAAUGAGCCUAGCACUCAACAGAUCUUACUUUGGCUGUUCUGGCUGUGACUUGGGACUUCUUUUUACCAUGGUCUGCUGUAAACACAGAAAAACCCAGUGCCUAACAGUUCAUGCUGGAGUCUUGAGCAUUGAGGGAGAAUCACUGGACUCUAGAGAGAAAGUUUGUUUGUUUGUUUUUUGAGUUGGUCUCGUUCUGUCGCCCAGGCUGGAGUGCAGUGGUAUGAACAUAGGUCACUGCAGCCUUGACCUUCUGGGCUCAAGUGAUCCUCCCAUCUCAGCCUCCCAAGUAGCUUGGGACCACAGGGGUGCACCACUGUGCUCAGCUAGUUUUCAAAAUUUUUGUAGAGUUAAGGUCUCAUCAUGUUGCCCAGGCUGGUCUCAAAUGGUCUGAAACUCGUGGGCACAGGAAAUUCUCCUGCCUCAGCCUCCCAACGUGCUGGGAUUCCAAGUGUGAGCCCCUGUGCUCCACCAAGAGAAAAACUCUUUAAUUGCUAGGAAGUUGGGAUAAAGAAAUUUUGCGUGAUCAAGCCACCUUCUGUGUCAUAGAACCAAAAGAAGACUGCCUGCUAUGGCAAGAGGGCCUAAUUUUACUCCUGACUCAUACUAUCAUGGAUAAUCGUUUUCCUUUCUCUAGCAGGCUUGUAUCACUGGGAGUACUGGGAGCAUUAUCCUGUGUUGUGCUGGGGUUAUACCAAGCAGUGUUAACUUUAUUUAAAGAAUUCAGGCAGAAAGUUUAGAGAAUUUAAGUAGCAAUUGUAUAUAGUAAGCAAUAUAGUAACCUUAAUAAAAAUUAAUGGUGGCGGGGCACGGUGGCUCACGCCUGUAAUCCCAGCACUUUGGGAGGCCGAGGCGGGCGGAUCACGAGGUCAGGAGAUCGAGACCAUCCUGGCUAACAUGGUGAAACUCCAUCUCUACUAAAAAUACAAAAAAUUAGCUGGGCGUGGUGGCGGGCGCCUGUAGUCCCAGCGACUGGGGAGGCCGAGGCAGGAGAAUAGUGUGAACCCAGGAGGCGGAGUUCGCAGUGAGCAGAGAUCGCGCCAUUGCACUCCAGCCUGGGCGACAGAGCGAGACUCCAUCUCAAAAAAAUAAAAAAAAAAUAAAAAAAAAUAAUGUGUAUUUUAUCAGUUCAGUGAUAAAGCAGACCUUUGUAAACUGUCUAUCUUGUGGUGACUGAUUGAGGGUAUCAUGAAGCUCCGCGCCUCCGCCCCCACCCCCCCCGACAUACUCGUUCAUCCUCCUCUGUCCUAAAGCGUACUUCUUUGGAAAAGUAGAGAAGUUUUAUGUUAGUGUACACUAGAGAUGGUAAACUAUGCCUUGUGGGUCAAAUCGGGCCUGCUGCCUGUGUUUGUAUGGCCUGUGAGCAAAGAAAGGUUUUUACACAUUUAAAUGGUUGGAAAAAAUAUUUAAAGAACGCUAUUUUUGGACACAAUUAUAUGAAAUUCAAAUUUCAAUGUCUGUAUCUUUUUAUUGGGACACAGCCACCGCCAUUCCUUUAGCUUUUGUAUGCAACAGCUGCAGAGUUGACUAUUUGAGACACAUUGUAUGGUCCCCCCAAACUGGAACUGUUUCCAUUCUGGCCUUCUACAGAAAGUAUUUGGACCCUGGCCUAGAUAAAUUCUGGGUGGUGGUUAUGUUAUGUGAAAUGUGCACACUGCAAAAUAUAGGGCUGUAUGAUUAAAAUUUUUUAUUUCAGCUACUGUUCACAGUCGAUUUAAAGGGCAAUUUAAUUUACAGCAAAUCCAGUUUCUCGGAGAUUUGUGUUGGGGCUUUGGCAGCAAAAAAAAAUCGUAGGAGUAAUCUUGAGAGUUCCAUGCCCCCUAGUGGAUUGCUAUAGGGUUUACUUUUAAAUUUUCAAAAUACUGAAUUGGCCAAGGAUUUCCUUGGUCCAUAUUAUCCCAAGGCUCAGAGGCUGAAGGUCGCCUAGACCUGGGCAGAUGCUAACAGGUACUAUCAUGGCCUGGGCAAAUCUGGCCACGUCAGCGCUCAUUUCUAUUCCCUUUCCCACAGUCCAGCAAACAAGAGACUAGGCUUGAAGGGACCCACCCUCCUCUCCUCCGAUUCCUCGUGACGCCGCACACCUCUUACUCUCCCCGGGGCUCAUCCGGGGGAAUGGGGCAGAGAUUCUGUCCCACCGGUUGGACAAACCAACGAGGGCGGGGAGAGGAAAAAAAAAAUCAGAAUAGGUAGCCAAUCAGAGCUCGGCACAAGCCCAGCCAAUCGGGUCGGGUCAAUUGGGGCUUAACCAAUCGGGCUCGAUAAGGAAGACCUGAGUCAGAGCUUGCGCCUCUCGCUUCCAGCUGUGGGUGGCGCUAGGCCGGUUGAGCCGGACCGGGUAGGGGUCUUCGCUCGCUAGCUCGCUGUUUCUCGGAGAGGCCCCCGAGUGUCCGGCGUAGAGGCCAUGAGAAGGCAGUGGGGGUCUGCCAUGAGGGCGGCCGAGCAGGCGGGCUGCGUGGUGAGCGCCUCCCGGGCCGGACAGCCCGAGGCGGGCCCAUGGAGCUGCAGCGGGGUAAUCCUGAGCCGUAGCCCGGGCCUGGUGCUUUGCCACGGGGGCAUCUUCGUCCCCUUCCUGCGAGCUGGCAGCGAAGUCCUGACCGCGGCCGGUGCCCUCUUCCUCCCUGGCGACAGUUGCAGCGACGACCUGCGCCUGCACGUGCAGUGGGCCCCAACCGCCGCGGGUCCCGGGGGCGGCGCAGAGCGGGGCCGCCCAGGGCUGUGCACGCCCCAGUGCGCGAGCCUCGAGCCCAGCUCACCUGCCCCGUCCCACGGGCGUCCCCUGCAGCCCCGGCUUCCCGCUGAGCUGCUGCUGCUGUUGAGCUGCCCGGCCUUCUGGGCCCACUUCGCGCGCCUCUUCGGGGACGAGGCAGCGGAACAGUGGCGCUUCUCGAGCGCGGCGCGGGAUGACGAAGUGUCGGAGGACGAGGAGGCGGAUCAACUGAGAGCGCUGGGCUGGUUCGCGCUGCUGGGCGUGCGGCUAGGCCAGGAGGAGGUGGAGGAGGAGCGCGGGCCAGCCAUGGCCGUGUCGCCUCUCGGGGCCGUGCCCAAGGGCGCGCCAUUGCUUGUCUGCGGCUCCCCUUUCGGCGCCUUCUGCCCCGACAUCUUUCUCAACACGCUGAGCUGCGGGGUGCUCAGCAACGUGGCCGGCCCGCUGCUGCUCACCGACGCACGCUGCCUGCCCGGCACCGAGGGCGGCGGCGUGUUCACCGCGCGGCCCGCGGGGGCGCUGGUGGCGCUGGUAGCGGCGCCGCUCUGUUGGAAGGCCGGCGAAUGGGUGGGCUUCACCCUGCUCUGCGCCGCCGCCCCCCUUUUCCGCGCCGCCCGCGACGCGCUUCGCCGCCUGCCCCCCAGCGCCGCUGCCCUGGCCGCUCUCCUGCCGCCAGAGGUGGGCGUCCCGUGGGGUCUGCCCCUCCGAGACUCUGGGCCCCUGUGGGCAGCCGCAGCAGUGUUGGUGGAGUGCGGCACCGUAUGGGGCUCCGGAGUGGCUGUGGCACCCCGCCUUGUAGUGACCUGCCGGCACGUGUCCCCUCGGGAAGCAGCCAGGGUCCUGGUGCGCUCCACCACCCCCAAGAGUGUGGCCAUCUGGGGCCGUGUGGUAUUUGCCACUCAGGAGACAUGUCCCUAUGACAUAGCAGUGGUGAGCCUGGAGGAGGACCUGGAUGAUGUCCCCAUCCCUGUGCCCGCUGAGCACUUCCACGAAGGCGAGGCUGUGAGUGUGGUGGGCUUUGGCGUCUUUGGCCAGGCUUGCGGGCCCUCGGUGACCUCAGGCAUCCUUUCGGCUGUGGUGCAGGUAGAUGGCACGCCCGUAAUGCUGCAGACCACGUGUGCUGUGCACAGCGGCUCCAGUGGGGGACCCCUCUUCUCCAACCACUCAGGAAACCUCCUUGGAGUUGGAUUAGUCAAAGCGUCACAGACUCAAAAGCCAACAGAGGCUGAAAAGGCAUAAUCACCAGCAACACCCGGGACAAUAACACGGGGGCCACCUACCCCCACCUGAACUUCAGCAUUCCCAUCACGGUGCUCCAGCCGGCCCUGCGGCAGUACAGCCAGACCCACGACCUGGGUGGCCUCCGUGAGCUGGACCGCGCUGCUGAGCCGGUCAGGGUGGUGUGGCGGCUGCAGCGGCCCCUGGCAGAGGCCCCACGGAGCAAGCUCUGAGGCUGUGUUACUACCUUUGGAAAGAAGAGUGACCUUUUUCUGCUGUAGGAAAUGAUGUUGAGGUGAUGGUGGCCUCAGGAAUCAGGGCCCAGCCACUGCAGGGGCCUGGGCUGCCUCUCAUCUCCACCCACUGACUGCAGUCUGGGCUUUGGGCUCUGGGGCAAACUUCUCUUCAGCCCCAUGGAUCCUUAACCUGGCAGCCCGUUUUGGGGUGCUUUCUUGAGCCCCCAGUUCUCUGCCCCCUAGCACUAGACUCAGCUGUAUUGUUUUUCCUUCUGGGGAGCCCACUCCAACUGCACAGAAGUUCUGGGCCUGACAGGUAGAUGCCAGCUGGAAGGCAGGCCCGUGCCUGGUUUUGCAUCUUCCCCUGAGGGCCAUUGUUAUCCUGGAGCUUCGGUGGGGCCUUGGCUCCUGUCUGCCUCUCAGUCAGAGUCAGGGCUGACAGAGGACUCAGCUUCCUCGGCAUCUCAGCAGAAACCUUGCUCUGCAGACCAGAGACAGAAGGGACAGAAAGAGGAGUGCCUCCUGCUGUGCCAGGCCCAUGGGCAGUGCAGGCAGAUCCCUGAAGGUCAGCACCCCUGGGUCUUCAUAUGCCAACAGGGGCGCUCUUGACACUGUGCCUUCAUUUUCCAGCCCACAGCCUGGGUCUCAGGGAUCUUGAGGGAUAGAACAUGUCUGGUUGGGGCUUGGGAAUAAACAUGAUCUAUUGAAAAA